AUGAAUAAAACAACAGCAGUAAACAUCAGCAGAGACAACAGAUCUGGGUUAUCAGGUAAUAUUCCUUCUAAAGCUGAAAGUAUCGUUUGGUGCUGUGUUUUUGUGCUGGCAUCCGCCAUGAUUAUCAUUGAAAACAUUCUCACCAUCGUUCUCUUUGUUGGCAACAAGAAACUUCGUAAGAAAAGUCUGUUUCUUAUUAUCAAUAUGGCGGUUGCAGAUCUGAUGUUAGGGGCUUUGUCUCUUCCUUUCUAUAUUUACCAAAUUGGUGAGGUCAAUUACCACCUAUGGAGGGCGUCGAUGGACAUUUAUCUGGCAUAUAUAGGUGCAAUUGCUGAUAACGUCCCGACAGUAGCUUCAUUAGUAUCUGCGACCUCCAUAUCUUGUGAGAGGUUUUACGCCUUACACUGGCCGUUUAAACAACGAUCCCUUUCGGAGCGAGCAUACUUCGUCAUAAUUCUAAUGCUGUGGACAAUUUCUGCCCUUGAUACCGCCCUCCUUUUUCUUUUAGCCCGUUUUAUUCAACAAUAUUUUUAUUACUGGUUGUCUUUGGGUACGAUAUCAACUGCUCUCAUAUGUGGUUGUAACAUCGCCAUAUGGAGGAAAUUUCGACGCGGAAUUGUCCCUGGAACACAACAUCAAAAUAGGGACAUACAAAAUAAACGUUUGACGAAGACUUUGCUGUUUGUUUCUAUUCUUGCCUUGCUUUCUUGGCUUCCAUAUAUCAUUUCAAACACCUUAGCAAAUUUAACUGAUCUCAACAUACCUCAGAGAUAUUUGGUGGCUAUUAAUUUUGUCAACUAUUCGAGCGCAUUUAUAAAUCCAAUUAUAUACGCAUUUAGAAUACCAGAGUUUCGACAGGCGUUGGCUCGAUCCUUUGUAAGGCGGCGAGCUACUGUGAAAGUUGAAAACAUUGAAAUAAGGGUUGAUAAAAGAGCUGCUUCGACGAAAGUGACACCGCUUAGAAUAUUAGAAGGUGAUGUUAGGUUCGAUGUGGAAGUUGUGGAUACAAGCCUUUAA